GGAUAGGCUGGGUUCAUCGACCAGCCAAGGUUGGGUUCCUUGUUGGGUUCGUUGAAACCCAGCAAGGCUGGGUUCCGAUGAACCCAGCCUUGGCUGGUCGACCAACCCAGCAAGGUUGGGUUUCAACAAACCCAGCCUUGGCUAGUUUGUGCAACCAGAACCUAACCUUGGCUGGUUCGCGCGACCAGCCUGAUUUUGUCGAAGGCUGGGUUCGUCGAAACCCAGAUCGGCUGGCUUAUUUGGGUUCGUUGAAACCCAGCUUAUCUGGGUUCGUCGAAACCCAGAUCGGCUGGGUUCCGAUGAACCCAGCCUUGCUGGUAACGCAAACCAGCCUUGCUGUUUCAAUGUUAGUAGCUCAAGUUCCCCCGAGAAAAGAGAAGAAGAAGAAAUGGGUUAAGAUCAGUUUUGUAGAUGGAGUGGAGAUGAGAGAGCAUUCAGAGAAGAAGAAGAAAUGGGUUAAGAUCGAUUUUGCAGAUGGAGUGGAGAUGAGAGAGCAUUUAGAGAAUAAGAAGAUAUGAGUUAGAUUGAUUUUGCAGAGAGUGAAGAUGAGAGAUCGGUUUGCAGGUAAUGUGGGAUCCGCGGGAAGAUGACAUGUCAUAAGAAAAAGUCCAGAUCAGC